AUGGGUGGUUUGGUUCGGACUACAUCUUGGUCUGAAUCACAGAAUAGUUCAUUUGGGAGUUACACUAAUUUUCAUGCAAGCUUAAUGGAGUUCUUUAGUCACUUUGAAGGUGCGGUUGAUAGUCAAAGGCAUAAGCAGGCUAAGCUCGAUGUUGCAUGUGAGGGAUAUUUGCCCGUAGUUAAGAUGUCGUUGGCUAUUGAGCGUUACGAUGUUGUUGUUUAUACCAUUACUAUUUUCUACGACGUGCAGGCAGAGAUUGUUGCUAGUUGCUUUGAGUGUCAUGUUUUGUCUUCUGCGGUGGAUGGUGCUGUGAAACGUGUUGAAGUAGAGGGUGCAAAUGGUGUUGUAAAUGUGGUUGUAUUUAAUAUUGCUGAAACUAUUGCUUCUUAUUUGUGUAGGAUGUUUGAGCGGGUUGGGUUGUUAUGUAGGCAUAUCUUUCUUGUUUUCAAGGAUGCUCGUUUGGACUCCAUUCCGCCGUGCUACAUUGUUUCUCGGUGGACAUAUGAUGCCUACAAGCGUCCAAUUUAUGAUAUAGAUGGUGUGCACCUUCUAUUUUACGAGUGGGCUCUACCAAAGGUACCAUGA